AUGCCGCCCGAGCCCACUUCGCCCGAGCGGCGCCUCAAGACGAUGCGCCCAGCCGACUCCGUCGAAGCGUUCGGUAGACUUCCAACUUCCAACUCGCUGUUUACCUUCGCAAUCGCUUCCUUCCCCAUGAACCGCUCCAGUACGACCGUGGCAUUGGCCACCGCUGCGGCCGCCACCGUCACAGUGGUGCUUUGGUGGCGUUCACGUGCACGGCGCUGCAAGGCCUUUCCGCCAGCCAAGCCUGUUGAGGACCUCAUUCGUCGAGGGCUCCGGAAGCAGGACUUGCCCUCCGAGGCCGAUGCCAUCGUCAUCGGUGCAGGUCCUGCAGGCCUCUCGUUGGCCGUGUUGCUGGGGAACUUCGGCCGCAAGGUCCUGGUGCUGGAGCAGCACGACCGCGCCGGAGGCGGCCUACACAGCUUCACCGAGCAUGGCUACGAGUUCGAGACCGGUUUCCACUACUUAGGCGAGAUGCAGAAGGGGGCCGAGCUGCGAUCCAUCGUGGAUUCCUUGACCAACGAGGAAGUGGAGUUCACCAACCUUGACGCGCGUUCGGGGGGCAUCUACGACAAGGUGGUCUUCCAGAAUGGCUCGGAUCACCUGGGAGUUCCGAAUGGCCUGGAGCAAUGGCUGGAAGUCUUGCAGCAGAAGUUCCCCGAAGAACGCGAGGCCAUCGCCGUGUAUGGCCGAGACUUGAAGGCGGCCAUGGUCACGUUCUUCCCCACCAUGGUCUGGCGUACCUUGCCCUUCGACUGGCUCAGAAAGCUGCUCUAUCCACUGCUGGCAGCACCGGCCAUGAAAUUGUCCAAGCCGGCGAGUGAGCGAUUGGAUGAGAUCACCAGGAAUGGCAAGUUGAAGGCUUUCAUGGGCUACUUGGCCCUGGGAUGCAUCGGCAUGACCGACGCGGCAGCUGACUGGAGGUCCAUCUUGGGCGUCCAGGUGCAUUUCAGCGAGGGCGCGUACUUCCCGCAUGGAGGCCCCAGCGCCAUCACCCGCGCGAUGGUGCAGAAGAUCGAGAGCCAAGGAGGGCGCGUUUAUGUACGCGCGCGAGUAGAUGAUCUGCUGUGGGAGGGCCAGAGCUGCUGUGGGGUCGUGCUGGAGAAGGACAGCUUAACGGUCCGUGCCCCUAUCGUGGUCUCCUCGGUGGGCCUUCACAAUACCGAGAGGUUCCUCCGCGAGAAGCCCUGCCACGACGCUUUCGUGGAGCGCUUGCGGCCUCUGCAGCGGACGCACGGCCACCUCUUUCUGUUCGUUGGCCUCAAAGGAAGCGCCGCGGAGCUCAACUUGCCCAGCAACAACCUGUGGGUGCUGCCCGGUGAGGACCUGUCACGGCGCAUGGCGGAGUUCCACGCGGACCACGAGGCGCCCUUCGGCUAUGUGGGCUUGGCCUUUCCUAGCGCCAAGGACCCCUCCUACCAUGAGCGCAACCCGGAUCGAUGCACCUGCGCAGUGGUUGCAGGUGAUGUGCCCUGGGAUUGGUUCGAGAAGUGGCAGAGCACCAAAGUUCGACACCGCGGCCAGGACUACGAAGCCUUUAAGAAGAGCUUCGAGGAGCGUUUGCUGGACAUCCUCUACACCCAGUAUCCCCAGACGAAGGGCCGAGUGGAAUAUGUGAACAUGGGAACGCCCUUAGACACCAACUUCUACUUGGGCAAGACACAGGGCGAGAGUUAUGGCUUGCAGCAGACCUUGGAGAAGACCAACGCGGAUUUAACUUGGCUCUUCGCCAAGCCCAAGGUGCCACACUGGCCAAAGGGUCUUCUCCUCGCAGGGCAAGAUGUCACAGGCGAUGGCUUUGCCCCUGCAGUGGUCUCCGCGAUCUUCGCCAGCUGCGCCGUGGAAGGCUUCGUGCGCGGCUGGUUCAACGUCAUCUCCAUGCUCGGACUCCGUGGCACUUUGAGAGCACUCUUCUGAUUCUGCGACGAAGCGCCUCUCUCUCCAUCGAACAUUGGUCAACUCCUCCGAAAUGGUCGGCGUUUCAUUCGGCGUUGGACCAAUGUUCGGAGGAGAAAUCUUCUAAAGCGGUUCCGGGAGGGCCCACCAAACUCUUCAGGACUGGAUGUUUUGGAAAGUCCCAGAGAAGGGCCAGAAAGACCCCUCAGCUUCGCAUUUUUGUGCCAA